AUGUCUGCAAAGCGAGGGCCCUCCGUUCUGGUGACCGAUUCCAGGGAACGGCCUCCAACCAGAGGCACGUCGCAGCGGCCUGGUACCUCUGCCACAGCUUCCGGCCGCAUGCCCAUGCGCUACUUCUCCGUCGAUAAUGUCCUCCAGCAUGCAUCCGAGAUUCCAUCUGGCCAACCUCGCAUACCACCAGUCCCGCGGCCGCAGGGCAGCUCUCUUGCUGCAGCGCGUAUGGCAGCGCGUCGCAUCAGUGGUGGCUUACCAACAUUAGCAUCCGGCCGCACGGGACAGCAAAACGUACCAUCUCGGACGACAAAGGUCAGCGAGAAGCUAGUUCUACUCCCAGAAACGGUGGAUGAGAAAGAAGAUGAGGAUACUUCCGGCGAGGAGGGACUAGAUGCGCUCGCGGAGCGGAAUGCCCUGAUCAAAGCGGCCGAGGAGGAAGACAAACCCCUCAAAGACGAGGAGCUCGAUGUAUUGAAGAAAAGAGGUGGAAUCCGAGGCAAAAGCUAUGCAGAGAGACUGCCGAAGCCUCAGCGUGCCGAGAAGGUCUCACGCGCGACUGCAUAUUGCACUGCCCAAGCUUUCAAAAUGAAGGCUACUGCAGAGUUCCUACGCACUAAACAUGAGGCCAAGACGAAGCUCUACGACGACUGCUUAUAUGUCGUCUAUCAUCUUCCUCUUCUCGCGGGAAUUGAUGGAUAUCGUUUACGGAGUAGACCGAUUUUGAAGACUCCAGGCACCGGCAAAACUGUCCUGGAUUUAGAGAUUGAGCGAAGCGAAAGAAGAGACGAGCACGAGGGCUAUUUUGAUGAUUACGCCUAUGGCGAGCGCGGUAUUUCGGGUACACAGAACAGCCCGCCGAAUUUGCACCACAUGCAUCUCAACGGCUCAGAGGAACGAGAUAGAGAUUUACAAAGGAGGAUUGAAGAGGACCACCCGAGAAGCCCCAUCAACAGGCUCGUACCAGACGCCAAGAACUUUGCUGAGAUGUUCGUGUACUCCUACGGCGUUGUCGUCUUCUGGAAUUUCACAGAGCACCAAGAGAAGGACAUUUUGGCAGACCUCACUUUUGCAGAGAACGAGGAGGGUCUCUCGUUGGUCACACGGCCACUGGACCAGAGCGACUAUGAGACUGAGGAGUUCCAUUUCGAAUACAGCCCCGACGUCAAACGGCCGAGAGUGUUCAACGAUAUGAUAACUCUCCUGCCUCGUUCGGACCACAUGGUUAAAUUGACCAUUAGUCACGCCAUCGCACAAAGCACAAAGCUGUGCUUCUUCGAAGAGAAGAUGUCAGAGACUAUGUUGGACGCUCAACAUGUCCCGAAGAGACUAGCCUUAACCGGUGAACUGAACAUGACAAGGACAGAGAUCGUCAAAAUCCUUGGUCGGUUGUUCAAGAGCCGUGUUGAUAUCAACCUCUCGUCAAAUAUUCUUGAUGUUCCUAACUUCUUCUGGGACUCGGAGCCGAAUCUCCAUCCUCUUUACGUUGCCAUCCGCGAAUACUUAGAGAUCGACCCGCGCAUUAAAGUGCUCAACGAGCGAUGUCGCGUAUUCCUCGACCUUGCUGAGAUCCUGUCCGACUCGGUCGCAGACGCAAAGAUGAGCUCCAUAACGUGGAUCAUCAUUAUUCUCAUCGUCGUCAGCAUCAUGAUCACCGUUACCGAAGUGUCCCUGCGGUUCGGCAUCUUGGAGAAGAGCAAGUCAGGGGGCUCGGGCAGCAGCGCCCCGGGGACGGUUGUGAAGCUGAGGGGUCCAGAUUGGUUGGCCCAGAACAACAUCACGCUGGAGGACCUGCGACUCUGGACGGCGCAGCUUUCCGAGCAGGAGAAGGGCGCCAUUUGUGGCGCGGAGAUUGUGGGAAAUACCUUUGCUGGCGUCUAG